AUGGAGUGGGGUCAAGAUACCCUGCGGGCCGGUUUUUGCCAUGCCCUCUCGGAGAUGUACAAGAGCGAGGUCCCCCUCUACGGGGAUCUGGUGGACCUGGUAUGGAAGGCAGAUGCUGAGGCGAUUAAUAUAAGCAGGGAGUUUGGGGGUGCUAAUAAAAUCGACCCGGACGAGGUCCUGCCGUCCAGGAACCGUGUCGAGAGACAUGGUGCUAUCCGUCUGGGGACUGCACAGGAGCUAGCCACGAUCCGGCGCAUGUUUUCUGUCAUGGGCAUGUACCCCGUGGGCUACUAUGACCUGAGUAUUGCUGGAUUCCCCAUGCACGCAACCGCAUUUCGACCGAGGAGCAGGGAAGCUCUGGCCAGGCAUCCAUUCCGGGUGUUCACGACCGUUCUGCGGAUGGACCUUUUGACGGAGAGAACACGAGACUUGGCGCAGAGGGCUCUGAAGCAGAGAAAUAUUUUUACCGACCGGUUGAUGGCUUUGAUCAACCAUGCCGAAGCGCAAGGCCACCUUACCUCUGAUGAGUGCAAGGAGUUUAUAACGGAAGGUUUGGAGACCUUCCGAUGGCAUUCCAAGGCAACGGUAACGAUGGACGAAUACAAAAUCCUCAAGGCGGAACACCCGUUGAUUGCCGACAUUGUAUCCUUCCCAAGUUGUCACAUCAACCAUCUGACUCCACGGACUAUUGAUAUCGACCUGGUCCAGAAAAUGAUGCAGGACCAUGGCAUGCCGGCGAAGGAGCGCAUCGAGGGUCCGCCACGCCGGGAGUUUCCCAUCCUGCUUCGUCAGACGAGUUUCAAGGCUCUAGAGGAGACGGUAUACUUCCGAGACUCGAACAACACAUACAUAAAGGGAUCCCAUACGGCGAGGUUCGGCGAAGUCGAGCAGCGCGGAUAUGCUCUGACGCGGAAAGGCCGAAAACUUUACGAUGACAUCCUCGCUCGAGUCAACAAGGAAGUGGCAGAGACAGGAGCCGACUCUGGUAAGUAUGAGGAGAUACUGGGAAAGCACUUUGAGGAGUUUCCCGACGAUAUACGUCAGUUACAGGAGCAGAAUCUGGCAUACUUCUGCUAUCACACAACGCCAAAGCGCAACGCUGGUUUGGAAUCGAAGACGGUCAACCUGAGCCAGCUUUUGGAGGACGGUAUUCUGGAGUAUGAGCCCAUCACAUACGAGGACUUCCUUCCUUUGUCUGCAGGAGGGAUUUUCAACUCGAACCUCGGCAAUACGUCGCAGUCCCAACGGUUGAUAAUGGAAGCGGAUACCGAUCUGGAUGGGUUCCAGCAGAUGAUGGGAACUCCAACCAUUGAUGAGAUUAGCUUGUAUGAGCAAAUGCAGAAAGACAGCCUCGAAAGCUGCCGGGCAAAGUUGGGACUGGCUGAGAUUAUGGGUUGA